UCGUAAUAUGCAGACUUCAUUUGUUUGGAUUUUCUUGCUCAUAAGCCACGUAGGUGCUUUUCGGUUCUUAGUGGAGUUCUGCGGAACUUCAAUCACAUUCAAAACAACCACCAGUCAUAGAGCAGAAAAAUAUGAUGCUUGGCUGGCAACUAUUAAAAAUGAGACACAUUUGCAGUGUCACGGAACCCUGAUACAUAAGCACUUUAUUUACCCAAUAUGCAUAAAUCUGGAUAAGAAUUUUAAGAGGCAUGUAGAGAACUCGCGGACAUUUGAAGCUUUUGCUUCAAGCCCCGGAGAUUAUAGACUUCAAGCCAUUAGGCUUAGGAAGCUAAAUCGGAACAAUUGCCAAUCGAGCUUAGCUGCGAAUCCAAUUUGCGCCAAGAGUUUCUCAACUUCAGCCUCUUGUCGUCUCGAACUCGGAAGUCCUUUGACUCAAUAUGUCCGCCUUCCAAGAGCGUUUCCUCGCCAUGUGCAGCUUGGGAUCCGAAGCAACGGAAGUGUCGGCUGCAAUAAAGCCGGAGCUUAUACCGAUCUUUCAAGUUAUGUCGAAUGGCUUGAGAGAACAGUAAAACGUUACGAGGAAACUCCAGUGGUUGCCCCAAAAGAAGAAAAGCCUAAGCAGAUGCCAAGCCAAGGAAUAUGGCUGUAUGAAAACUGCAGUGGAAAUACCUUAUCAACGAAGUUACGGGCAUUUAUUUAUGGACUUAAUUUCGAGGGUCAAGGGUGGCUUAUCACAGAUAGUACGUAUCUAACUCAAGCAAUCGAAAUUAAAUAUAAUUACUAA